CAGCAGCAGCAGGAGCUCAUGAUUUUGGCACCAGCCAGAAAACCGUUUUCACAAAGGCGUUCCCCAACACUGCCACUGUCUUCCUGCCGUGCCGGGACAGAAGGAAAGAAAGGGGGAAGAAGGAGGAGGAGGAGAGGAGGAGGAGAGGAAGGGGGAUGCAGGAGCACACCUUACCCUCUUUACAAGACACAUCCUCACAGCACACCAUCAGAAACCACCCACACUGUCCAACAGCACCAGCUCCAGCUCUGCAGGAUGAAGAUCUGGUCCAGGAUCAGUCUGGUGCUGCUUGGUCUUGUAACUCUGGCUCUGUCUCUGGGAAAUCUCUCCAGCAGAGGACAGGAAGAGGGUGUUGCCUCUAACAGUCUGGAGGACGGGCUGGAAGUGAUCACAUACUGGUGGGGUGAAUGGACAAAGUGGACAGCCUGCACUCGUACCUGCGGAGGAGGCGUCAUGUCACAGGAGAGACACUGUCUGAAGCAAAGGAAGAAAACAACAACCGGUAAAGACAACAUGACAUGCACAGGCAAUGCAAAAAAGUAUCAUCUCUGCAAUGCAAAGGAAUGUCCUUCUACAGGGAGGAGUUUCAGAGAAGAGCAGUGCUGGUCCUUCAACUCUCAGGUUUACAAUGGAAAGAAUUACCACUGGAAACCUCUCUAUCCUGACGACUACGUUCAUAUCUCCAGUAAUCCGUGUGACCUACACUGCACCACCUCUGAUGGUCAAAGACAGCUGAUGGUUCCUGCACGUGAUGGGACGUCCUGCAAGUACAGCAACUACAGAGGCGUGUGUGUCGACGGCAAAUGUGAACCCAUAGGAUGUGACGGUGUCCUCUUCUCCCCCAACACCCUGGAUAAGUGUGGCGUGUGUCAGGGAGACGGGAGCAGCUGCAGUCGAGUUACUGGGAACUUUCGCCGCGGGGCCUCGAGUCUAGGCUAUACUUUCAUAACUCAAAUCCCCGAAGGAUCAUGGGACAUCCAGGUUAUUGAGAGGAAGAAGUCUGCAGAUAUCCUGGCUGUGACUGACCAAGCAGGGAACUUUUUCUUCAAUGGGGCGUAUAAGAUGGACACCCCUCAGAACUUCCACGCCGCAGGGACCAUUUUCAAAUACCGGCGGCCCACCGAUGUGUACGAGACGGGGAUCGAGUACAUCGUGGCGAAAGGGCCCAUCGAUCAGCCCAUCAAUGUUCUGGUCUGGAACCAGAAUGGGCAAAAUCCGUACAUCACAUAUGAGUACACAGUGAUGAGGGACUCUAUGGCUUCUGUGUCACAGCCUCCCAUUUACACGGGGCCGCAGGGAGGAUCCAGUCUGGUUUCAGUGGAGGUUGUGAGUGUUUUACAGCAUAACCAGAGCAUGUAUGAUAAGAACCAGGAACAGACGACCGGACCCAGGGCUGUGGAGGGACAAAAGCCUGCUCAGGAAACCAAUGAAGUGUAUGAGACGGCUAACAUUGACUGCGAGCAGGACGCUAACACACAAGUGCAAUAUACAGAGGGGAACUGCAGCUGGCCCAGUGCAGUAGGAGCUCCUGGGACAGCAACAGUCAGCCGACCGGCAGAGGACAUGGUAAACUCUGAAAACCUGAUCUGGAGAGUGCUUUUAGGAGAGCGGCUCGGCUCUGAUGGUGUCCUCGCCAACAUCUCCACCAACCAGCUUCUUACGCAUCGAGAUGGCUUAUCGUCUGAAGCUGAGCCGAUGGAGCUGGACUACAGCAGUUUGGAGCAAGCGGGUCUUAAUGGCUCACUGCUUGAGUUUACCCUCGGAAACCGACGAAAUGACACAGACCUCCUGCUCCCAAACAGAAAUCUUACUGCCAUUUUACGCAACCGUGGCAAUCGCACCAGGAAUAACCAUAGGCUCCUUCAGAAGAACAAACCAAGCGCUGCUGACAUGUACCGGUGGAAGUUGUCCACACAGGAGCCCUGCAGUAUGACAUGCUCCAUUGGUGUGUCAAAAUCACUUGCCAUGUGUGUGCGGUAUGAUGGCAUCGAGGUGGAUGAUGUUUACUGUGACGCUUUGACUCGACCUGAGCCGGUUCAUGAUUUCUGCAUUGGUAGAGAAUGCCAGCCCAGAUGGGAGGCGAGCAGCUGGAGUGAGUGCUCUCGGACCUGUGGGGAAGGUUUUCAGUUUCGGCUGGUGCGCUGCUGGAAGAUGCUGGCCCCUGGACUCGACAGCUCGGUGUACAGUGACCUCUGUACUGAAGCGCAGCUCGAGCGGCCUCCAGAGCGCCGGGCCUGCAAGAGCCCCACCUGCGGCCCACAGUGGGAGGUAGCCGAGUGGUCUGAGUGUCCAGCUAAAUGUGGUCGCAAGAGUCUGGUCACUCGAGAGGUCAGAUGCUCAGAUGAGGCCCAUGCGUGUGAUGAGGAAACUCGUCCACCAUCGACCAAAAAUUGCACAGGCCCUCCAUGUGAGCGCCAGUGGACAGCAUCCGAGUGGGGACCGUGUUCAGGGAUCUGUGGUCAUGGAAAAACGGUGAGGCAUGUGUACUGCAAAACAGCAGAGGGCCGAGUGGUACCCGAGUCUCAGUGCUCACCUGAAAACAAGCCUCUGGCUAUUCACCCCUGCGGAGACAAUGAAUGUGCUCCACACUGGCUGGCCCAGGACUGGGAGAGGUGCAACACAACAUGUGGACGGGGUGUGAAGAGAAGGACAGUGCUGUGUGUCAGCAUUACAAGUGGGAAGGUCCAGAUAAAUGAGGAUGAGGAAUGUGACGCCAGCAAGAGGCCAGCGGAUGAGGACACCUGCUUCGAGAGGCCUUGCUUUAAGUGGUACACAACGCCGUGGUCUGAGUGCACCAAGACGUGUGGUGUGGGUGUGCGCAUGAGGGAUGUGAAGUGUUAUCAGGGACGAGAGCUUGUUCGUGGAUGCGACCCUUUGACCAAACCUGUUAACAAGCAGACCUGUGCACUGCAGCCCUGCCCCACCGAACCUCCAGAUGAAAACUGCCAGGAUCGUCCCACCACCAACUGCUCUCUGGCUCUCAAGGUGAACCUCUGCUCUCACUGGUACUACAGCAAGGCCUGUUGCCAUUCCUGCCGAAACCUUCGAUCUUCCUAACUCUUCUCUCCUAAUAUCAUCAUCAUCAUGAGGAUGAGGAUCGCAGUGAGAGAAUUCUGAAUCAGUAUUUGUUUCUAUUCAAACUUUCUCAUUACUAAAACGAUGCCUACUUCACGACAAUGUCCCGCCUUUGUGGGAUACAGUAAGGAAAUAUUAAAUUAUUUGAUUAUUGCUCAGAGGAUUAUAUUGCAUGUCAUAAAAGUAUUUAUUAUUACAAGUCAGGUUUUAUGGGACUUUUAUUAUCUGGCAGUGGCAGAGGUGGAUAUACUGAAUGUACAGUUAAAGUCAGAAUUGUUAGCCCUCCUGUAUAUUUUUCCCCUGAUUUCCGUUUAACGGAUAUAAACGUUUUUUCAGCGCAUUUCUAAACAUAAUAAUUUUAAUAACUCAUUUCUAACAACGGAUUUCUUUUAUGUUUGCCAUGAUGACAGCACAUAAUAUUUGACUACUAGAUAUUUUUAAGACACUAGUAUUUAGCUUAAAUGGACAUUUAAAGGUUAAUUAGGAAAGCUAGGGUAAUUCCGCAAAUCAUUGUAUAACUAUGGAUUGUUCUGUACACAAUUAAAAACAAAUAUUGCUUAA